UAUCCUUGUGUUGCGGACGUGUCCGCAAUCACACUCCCCAUACUGUUUAGGUCACCUACGAACAUCAUUUACGAGAACACAGGCGUCUCGCCUACGAAGUGUACUAGAGUGUGGUUUUGGACAGAGCCGCAGUUCACACAGUGCUCGCGGUUUGCGAAAGACAGGCCCUACUGCGCACGAGGUAACUCGAGUCCCUGCUCUCUUUGAGACCGGUAACACGUUUCACGCGCGUUAAUAAAGCAGUUUUUUUUUUUUUUUUUAAAAAGUAAAAGUUAUUUAGAAGAACGCGACGUUGCAGCGCCAUGGAUGUCUCUGAGUCUUUGACUGAAGCAGAGCGGCCGCGACAUCGGCCUUUUCUCAUCGGAGUCAGUGGAGGAACCGCCAGCGGGAAGGGACGCCAAGGCGCACUACCAAAGGCGGGACUGGCCACGACGGACCGAGUUCACCGUGUGGAGGAACAGCGUCAAGUGGGAGCCACUGGUAGACCUCCGGAAGGUGCUGAUGCCACCACUGAACGUUAUACACCUUAUAAACAAUUUGCUACAGCUCUAGAUAAGGAUUACUCGGCCUUCAAGACUCCUUUCCUAAACUGUCUGAGGCAAAAAUUUAAAGCCGGUGUCCUCGUCGGACCACAGAUAAAGAAGAUCCCGGAGUGCAAGGAAUUCCUCAGAAGCUCACUAGGAAGGAGAAAGCAGCUUGGAACAGCUUUGUCGCAGCGGUUCGGGUAUGAUUGCUACCUGGGCGAUCAUAAAGCCGAAAAUUCCGAGUAGCUGGUUGAGACGCUAGUGAAGGACUACAGCAUGAUGGACUGCAGGAUGUCUCUGAAAGUCCAUAUCCUUGAUGCUCAUCUUGGAAAAAUUCAAGGAGAACAUGGGAGCGUACUCGGAGGAGCAAGUCCACAGUGUGUGCUAAGAUCAUGGAGUUGCUGGGCCAGAACAAGGUGGACCAUCACCAGAGGAAAGUGACCAUCGUAAGCCAAGACAGUUUCUACAGAGUGCUCACUCCAGAACAGAAGGCAAAAGCUCUCAAAGGCCAGUACAACUUCGACCAUCCAGAUGCGUUCGAUACAGAGUUGAUGUGCCAGACGCUGAAGGACAUCAUAGAAGCAAAAGUCGUGGAGAUUCCAACAUAUGACUUCAUUACACAUUCCAGGUUACAGGAGAAGAUCUGUGUGUAUCCGGCCGAUGUUGUUCUGUUUGAGGGAAUUCUGGUGUUCUACACACAGGAAGUCAGAGACAUGUUCCAUAUGAAACUGUUUGUGGAUACAGACUCCGAUGUACGUCUGUCACGCAGAGUUCUUAGAGACAUGAGGAGAGGUCGUGACUUGGAACAGAUCCUUACACAAUACACCACUUUUGUUAAACCAGCGUUCGAGGAGUUCUGCUUACCAACCAAGAAAUAUGCUGAUGUGAUAAUACCUCGUGGAGUAGACAACAUGGUGGCGAUUAAUUUGAUCGUGCAGCACAUCCAAGACAUCCUAAGUGGAGAUAUCUGCAAGUGGCAGAGAGGAACCGCUAACGGACACCUCCCCGAGCGGAUCUUAAAGAGGGGCGUGGACGAAACGAGCAACAACCCAGACGGAGGAGGAGGGUCCAAUCCCACAAAACGCCCCCUGCUGGAACCUAGCACGCGUCCACAUUAACACCCAGACAGACACACAGG